UCAGUUCGUAUUCUGUCUCAAACUGUCAUCGCCUCCUUGCUUAAUCAGGGUAAUGCAGACAACGCAAUCGAGAUUGUGGACCUGAUGGCAACCACGUUUGCCGCAUACACCACUGGACACAAAGGUCACAGCAAGUCAGCUGCUGCAGAGGCCCAAGCUCCUUUACGCGUCAGCGUGACCACAGACAACCACAAGGUUCUAUUUAUGCCUUCUCGUCUAGACCAAACCACCUCAAUUAAGGUAGUUAGUGUACCCACCAGAGAUAACGACUCUAGAGGAUUGCCAGCAAGUAUCAUGGUGUUGGACCAAGACACCGGUGCUGUAGAGACUAUAAUGAAUGCCGGUGCUCUUACAGCCGUACGGACUGCUGCAGGAUCUGGUCUGGCCACACGUUACUAUGCCAAUCCAGAUGCCAAAACUUUGGUUGUUCUUGGUGCAGGUGCUCAGGGAAGAUCUCACAUUGAUAUUAUGCUGGCCGUUCGCCCUUCGAUUGAACGCGUGAUGGUGUGGAACCGAGGGGCCAGCCGCCGUGAAGCUCUGGUGAAAGCCAUCCAGACCGACUAUCCUUCGCUUAUAGUUAAGGGUGUGACUGAAUCGGACGGCUCACUUGAGCGUGCUGUCAACGAGGCAGACAUCGUGUGCACGUGUACAAAUGCAAGCCAGCCUGUUCUUAGAGGUGCCUGGCUUAAAUCGGGAGUCCAUCUCAACUGCGUUGGAUCCUAUACAAUGGAGAUGCACGAGGUUGACGCAGAAACUGUCAAGCGCGCAGAGACGAUCGUGGUAGAUUCAAUCUCGGCCUGUGCUGCAGAGGCAGGUGAACUUGUCAAGUCAUCAAAGUCUGACCAGUGGCUUGAGAUGGGUGAUGUGGUAAAGAGUCCUGAGCUUCAGGCAAAGGCAACAGAGGCGCGCAAGACAAUCACACUUUUUAAGAGCGUUGGCAUUAGUGUACAAGACAGUGCCAUUGCUGGACUGAUGAACAAGAGGGCCAAAGAUGCAGGAUUAGGAGACAUUGUU